AUGGCCGAGCCAAUCAAAAUCUCCACCCUGGACGAGCUCAACCAGCUCAUCACCUCCACCAAAUACGUCAUCCUCGACUUCUGGGCCGAGUGGUGCGGACCCUGCAAAGCCAUAGCCCCCCUCUUCGCCAAGCUCUCCAAGUCUCACUCCGUCCCAGGCCAGCUCGCCUUCGCCAAAAUCGACGUUGACGCCUCGGCCGACAUCGCAAAGGAGUACGGCAUCACCGCCAUGCCCUCCUUCGUCUUCGUCGUCGACGGCCAGGUGGGCAAGGGCAUCGACGUCCAGGGCCGCAAGCUCGGCGGCGGCGUCAAGCUCGGCGAGGGCGAGAGCGCCGACCGCGUCGUCCAGAUCCGCGGCGCCGACCCCAGGAACCUGACCCUGUUGGCCAACGAGCUGGGCGGGCUGGCCAAGAAGGGUGCCGAGGGUUCGGCUGAGGAGGCUCCCAAGGAGGAGGAGAAGGAGGAGGAGGCUGCCGCCACUGCUUAA